AGUUCCGUGGUCUCCUAAACGGAGAGGUCCUCGUGAUGUAAACAAGGGUCCUCCCACUAAAUAUGGAGCCCAUCUACACAAUGGUAACCUGAGAGAGAAAAUAAUCAAAUAAAGAUGAAAAUACCGAAAAGAAAACUGUUCCUCUUGGUUAUUUUUGCUUACGUGGCGUUUUCUCUUUACGCUGCUUACAAUGUAUUCUUCAGCACCAAGGUGAUCUCCCGCGUGCACAGGGUGGUGAAGAAGGGGACCGGGGCUCCCUCAGGUACAUCAGUCACCGUAACACCGAAGAAACGGACUCAUGCAUAUUCAAAAAGGCUGUAUGUUUUAUUAACAGCUGGUUUAUGUUCAUUGACAAUUAGUUUUCGUGGCGUGUGUGUAUGUGUGUGUUCCAGGUGGGGUGAGGGACGGGGGGGCUGCUGCUGCUCCGUUUAUGGCUGAUGAGUGGAACCCGUGGGAGGAUGAACAGGUGGAGUAUAACUCUGCCCUGAACCAGAGGAGGGAGGCCUUCAAACAGCACCUGAGCCGGAUAGACAAGAACAAACCAAGAAGAUACAAGGUCCAGAUCUGGGGGAAAGCUGCAAUUGGUGAGUCCUGGGGGUGUGACUGUGAUCGAUGAGCCACAACAAGCUGCAAAAGCAGGUUUCUGAUGUGGACUCCAAUGACCCCAGAAGCUGUUGGAGAACUAUUUUAGGUCCUCUGGGUCUAAUUGAUCAUUAAUAUAACCAUUAUGUCCCACUCAAAAAACAACAACAAAACAGUCUUCACAUGAAAUAAGUCAAAAAUGGACACAUAUGUCAUCAUCAUUAUUUUCCGCUGUAUCAGUUAAUAUCAGCAGCUUUACUGGAAAUUAAAUGAAAUAUUUUCGAAACUUAAACUCUUUAUGAACCAGUCUGUGUGUGCUCUUCCACGGGCAACCCCCCCCCCCCCCCCCCCCCCCACAGGAAAUUAAAGGAAAUUAUACAUUUCUCAUAAGCUUAAUUCUGGAAGAGAUGUUUCAAUUUUUGUGCUUGUCAGUUCUAAAAAACACUUUGCUUAGCCCCUAAUGAACACAUCAGAAAACUGCUGUGAUGAUUUUUAUUUUGUAUUUUUUGGUUUAUUUGAUUAAGACGAUGCACAUUAAUCAUCAUAUUAUCAAUAUAUAUCAAUGUUAAUGGACCAGAAUUUGCAAAGUAGCUAGAUUUCAUCCACAGUCCAACAGAUAGGGAAGCAGAAAACAAAUGUUACAAUCACAGAACAGACCACAGGGCUGUUUUCAGUCAUAUAUUAAUGUUAUUUUACAGUUUAACUUUUUUCUUCAUGUACAGUCUUAAUAAUAGUUCUAAAGUAACUUUUUAUUUCCAUACUUAAACACUUUUAAACACUAUCCCAGUUGAUGUUUAUUUAGCCUCUAAUACCUUUUGUAGAAAAAAAGUACAAAAAGACAAUUAUCUCUGAUGAGAUAUUAAAUCUUUUUCUUUCCUUUGUAUCAACAAACCUGUGACAGAGAGCUACAUAGUGUUGACUCUACUGCAGGAAUUAUUUAAAGAGGUAAAAUAUCACAAAAAAAAAAAUAAAACUUUUUUAUUUGAGGCAUUUUCAAAACAGAAGUACAACCAUGACUGUCUCUAGUAGAAAAAUACACCAUUUGUUUAUCAUGUAAACCAUUCCUUCAGCUGCUUUGUUAAUUCUGUAUUACUGCCAUAUUUCCAGAAUGAGUAAGAAACAGCAGAAAGACCCGAUGAAAAGGGCUUCUUUCACAGAUCAGGGUAAAAACCACAUAACAGUGAUUUAUGUUUUGCUGCUGAAGCUGAGCUCUGGUACCACAUAAUUUUACUGCACAUCGGUGACAUUUUUACUCCAGCAGAGAAACUCCAUCAGACCUUUUCUUUUCUCCUCAGGGCUUUAUCUUUGGGAACAUAUUUUAGAGGGACCUCUCAACCCAACUGACAAGGUGGCACAAUGGAGAGAGGGAGAGCUGGAGGCGGGAAAGAUCGACUUUAGGUAACAAAUCAAAAAUGGGACACUUAAUGUUUAAACUUGAGUAAAUCAUCUGCUGUGGGGACCUGCUGUGAAAUACGCCACAUCAUAUCAUAACUGUUAAAUUAUACAGAAGCUCAUUCCCUCCUCCCUCCAUGUUUAGUUUCUACACAGGUCCUGCUGUGGUCCAGGGUCAUGUCCCACUGGAUAUGAACAGCCUGGUUCUGGUUCUGAAUGGUCGUGAGCAGCAGAAGGUUUCUUACUCCACACGCUGGCUGGAGCAUGUCCAAGCUCUGGUGCAGUCCCACACUGUGUCACAUGUGGCGGUGGUCCUGCUGGGCAAUGAGCAGUGCAACAACGACUGGAUCGCCCCGUACUUAAAGAGGAACGGAGGAUUUGUGGAGCUGCUGUUUGUGGUGUACGACAGCCUCUGGAUCAACGACAAAGACGUCUUCCAGUGGCCUCUUGGUGUCGCCACGUAUGUGUUCAAUAUCAGUGCAUCAAACAUCCCUUUUAGAUGAAGCAACCUGUCUAACAUGUUGGUUUUAUUGCUUGUGUCUCUGUGCAGGUACAGGCAGUUCCCAAUGAUCAGGCCUAACGCUCAGCUAAUCACCUCCAAUAGACCAUACCUCUGUAAUUUUCUAGGAACUGUUUACAAAAAUUCCUCCAGGGAAACUCUCAUACAGGUGCUGAAACAAUCGGGUCUGGAUAAAGAGUGCAUCACCGCUGCCAGGGAGAAGUAAGUCAGUGCUCAGAGUUUUUCUGUCUUAUCUUAGGAGUGAUGAGCGAACAUGGAGCUGUCUUACAACGUUUUUACGAGUCUCACUUGUAGAUGGCUGUGUUUGACACCCCAAAUGAAAUAACCUCCAUAAAAUGAAACAAACAUAUAGACUGACGAUGUGCAGACCAGUAGCAGCAUUUUGAAGACUGUUUAGGCCAGAUAUCACUGAGUCUCUUACAUCCUGGUUAAUACCUAUGCAACAUUAAGUGAAGGAUAUUUCAAAGAGAAUUACAAAAUUAAGAAAAUUAAUGCUUCCUCCAGCAUAAAACUGACAGUCAGAUCAGAUCAGUAGGAUUUGAUCUGCUUUUAUCCACAGGAUCAUAUAUAAACUGAGUAAUCAAAUCACAGAAUCAGAAUGCCCUUUAUUGUCAUCAUACUGGAGUACAAUGAGAUUGGAGAGCUUCUCCAUUUCUAGUGCAAUAGAAGUAAAAAAGAGAAAAACAGAAUUAAGAGGUACAAUAAAAAUAGGUACAAAAUAUAUACAAGAUAUAUAUUUCUGGAUCACAGAAGAAACUGAGUAAACAUUUGAAUUCCGAGCAUCAAACCAUCGGUGUCAGCUAAACCUUCAUGUAUAAUAAGGCUAGAUUACAAGACGGGCAUUUAUUGAAAGGACAUUCAGAGGACAUUACAUUAUGCUGAAAGUGCAUUCAGAGGGGAGUAUUUCAAUCCAUUGACUGAGUAGACAGUCAUAUAUCACUCACUGGAAGAGCAACUGCAAGUGCAUUUUUAAUUGCAUUUUCCAUGGAAAGGGCACCAUAGGGAGCUUGUUGGAGGCUGAUAUGUAACAAUGAUGCAAAAUGGUACAAAAUAAUGUGAUAAGGCCCAAAAUGUAACAAGCAGUGAUACAUUUUGGGCAAACAGUUAUUAUGUUUUGGGCUUAUGUUAAUAACAUUUCAGAACAUUGUUAGGUAUCAGGGUGUUUUAUAAUAUUCAAACACACACACACACACACACACACACACACACACACACACACUAUUGUACUGAUAUAAUAAUAAUCACCUUUACUUCACAAUUGUCAAACUUUGACAUGUUAAUAAAUAAUUUUCUUCACAAAAAUAACUAAAAAUUUAUUAUCACAGUAAUGAUGAUAAGAUUUAAAGGAAAAUAUUAAUAACUUGAGGAUGAGAAACAACUGAUCCAAAAUUAUAGACCAGCUGAAAACCACCAGCAGGACUCAGCUCCUGCCCACAGCACCAAAACACCUACCUAAAGAGAGUCUGAUGCAGAUCAGCUGAAGGCCACUGGACAUUUCUGUAUUUUAAAUCUUUUUUGUUUGAUCCUCACAAUUAAAGAUCAGAUUUCAUUUUUUUCAUGAGCUUUGAGCCAAAAUCAGUCGAAUCAAAACAAAACAGCUUGAAAUUUUUCAUUCUAUGUGUAGAGAUGAUGUAUGACAGUUACUAAAACAUCUUUUUUUUUCACUCUUGAGACUGCAGUUUUUAAGAGUUACCUACACAGAUGUCUAUCCAGUCCUGUGUUGUGGACAUAACUCCAUAUUUGUCAAUUAAAUUGUCUUUUUAUAUUGUUUGUCUGAAACAUGCUCUUAAAAUUUAUCACAAGUAUUUAUAUAUUUAGGAAAUGUUGGUCCUGCUUUUUGCACAAUUUGAAUGUGACUGAUCAUUUAAAAUGCUGAAUUUUAUCAUUUUAAUAUUCAAGUAAAACCAAGUUUCCUCCUUUGGUCCAUUGCUAGAACAAGUGUUUCUUGUUUACCUCUGCAGCACCAGCUGUUUUCUUAUGUUUUCCCUCCCCUCUGCUCAGGUGGCUCCCUCAGGAGACAGCAGACACUCUGAGGAGUUAUCAAACCGCUCUGGCUCAGAGCGAGCUCACUCUCUGCCCGGUGGGAAUCAACACUGAGUGCUACCGUAUCUAUGAGGCCUGCUCGUACGGCUCGGUGCCUGUAGUGGAGGAUGUCAUGACGCCCGGGACAUGUGCCGCUGGGCCCAGCUCCCCUCUGCGUCUGCUGAAAGCUGCAGGAGCGCCCUUCAUCUUCAUCAGUGACUGGAAGGAACUGCCUGCCAUCUUGGAGAGGGAGCGAGGGAUGAGCCAGGAGCAGAGGGUGGACCGCAGGAGGAGGCUGCUAGAGUGGUACGCGGGUUUCCGUCAGCAGAUGAAGGAGAGGUUCACAGAGGUCAUCGAGGAGACGUUCUUCAGAAAUGGCUGAUUGUGGUGCUCCAUGAACAAACUUCAAAAAACAACAGGGGUCGAUGUUUCAUAUUAAGUUAUCUUGUGGAUUAUGGUGACUUACUACUGGUGUGGUGAAUAUGAUUAUAUUCAGUGUAAUAUUCCUGUGAUGGUUAUAAUAAACCAUUCAUGUCUGUAGUAAAGUUAAAAAGCUGCUGUUAUAGUCUGUAAAGAGCUGCGUGGUAUUUAAGUAUCUUCAUCUUACUGUUUACAAUGGUUGAAUGUCCAGAUGUUUUAGAUAUAACUACUGCCUUUGAAUUUGAAAGUGUUAUUAACUCAGCUGUAUGUUUUUUAUCUGUUUGUAUGCACUUAUAAUUGUGAUUUUAAAGAAACUCUACUCAUAGGUUGUAGGAUCAUUAAAUCAUGUGAUAUUUGGCCUUGUGAGAAAAUGGCGAAUAAGAGAUCUCUUGUUUUGUGUGAGCAGCUUGAAGAUGAAUGUUGUUGCUGUGGCAUGAUGAUUUCUAAUCCAACCCUAAAGAAACUUUUUCUUCUUUGUUGUAUUUAUUUUCUUCCUGUGCUGCAUGAAAUCUUCUUUAUUUUUAAGAAAGUGCAAUAAAUGGAGUAUUGUCUUAAGAGGACGUUGGUGGAUUUGUUCACCCUGUGUGUUUUUAUUUUCCCAACAGAUGGUGCUAUUACUCUGUUUGUUAACCUGUUGAUUAGAUUCUUGUGAGACAUAAAGCAGGACAUUUUUGGAAGUUUGUAAAAAAAUAAAGAGACAAACUAACCAGA